AUGUCUAAAAACACUCCAGGGCCAAGCAGGGCUUUUGAGAUCCAAGUGCCAUGUAUCGUCUUCCUCGUCACCACGCCGGCCUUUGUGGCGAUCCGAUUGUGGUCCCGAGCCAAGUCUAAGUCGGGUCUGGGCUUGGACGACUGGACCAUUUUGGUGUCUUCCAUGUUUGCGGUUAUCGUCAUGUCCUUCAUGCUGGCGGCCUGCACCUAUGGCUUUGGCCAACACAUUGCGAAUAUUACAACACCGCACAGGCUAAUGACCAUGAAGCUCUUUUUCGUUAGUCAAGCUUUCUACAAGCUUACCAUGAACAUGACAAAGAUGUCUAUUCUGAUGCUAUAUCUACGCAUUUUCAUCCAGCGUUGGUUUCGCAUCACCUGUUAUGUGCUCUUGGUUAUCAUCACCUCCUAUAUGGUGGGCGCCUUCUUCGCCUCUGUAUUCCAAUGCACGCCAGUUGCCCGAGCCUGGAACAAGACCAUUCCAGGAUCAUGCAUCAACAUAACCACCAACUGGUACGCCAAUGCCGGCUUUUCAAUAGCGACCGACAUCAUCAUAUUGACGCUGCCGAUGUAUCCACUCUACAAGUCGAAGAUAAUAUUAAAGCGGAAAAUCGCUCUGAUGAUUAUAUUUGCCCUUGGCUCUUUUGUCGUCGUUACAAGCAUUGUCCGGAUGCAGACCCUGGACUUCUCGUCCACAAGUCCUGACCCUACCUACGAUAUCACCUCCUCGGUAUGGACGAUGCUCGAAGAAAACGUGGCGAUCACCUGUGCCUGCCUGCCAAUGAUGUGGAUGCCACUUGCUAGGAUCUUUCCCUCCUUCUUUUCCUUAGAUAGUGGGACCGACAGCUAUGGAAGCUCGCAUGCCAGGAGCUCGGAACUUAGAGCCACAUCGCGGCCUCGAAACAACUGGUCCCGUCUUAAUGCGUACCCUGAUACCAAGGGCAGCAUUGGCAUGAACCAAACUGGCGAUUCCAAAAACCGACCCUCGGAGGAUAGCACGGGCCAGAUACUCCCGUCUUGUCAGGGCGGCGAAACCCAGUAUCAAAAUGCAACGGGAAUCACGAAGGUCACAGAAUAUUGUGUGUCCUUUUCUACCGCGAAAUCGCCUUCGAGGCGAAUAGAUGUAUAA